UCCGUUGCUGUGGCUAGCAUCCGGUUAAGUGGCGACAGCCGCUCCCACCGAUCGCGUGCGCACACAAAUCGUGUUAGUCGUCGUGCUGCCGCGAUUCUCCGAUUCCAUUUCAUUUUCUCCGUCUCCGAUCCUUGACGAGAAAGGAUGGGAUCAACGAUGAUUUCGCCAUGAUCCUGGCAAACGAGCCGGUGCAUCGUGAAGAUUGCAACGUUGAUACCUACUUAUUUUCUAUUUAUUCCAAUCGAUUUAUCUCGUAUUAUCUUUUCUCGCGAUUCAACUCGAUUUAAUUCGGUGUAUUGUGUCGUGAUCAUUUUUUAUCCAACGUAAACAACAAAGGUUUAACGAUACGAUAAACGAUCGUGAUUAAAAUUAAUCGGUCAUCUGAAUGCAGACGAAUUAUAAUCGCGAUAAAAUUCAUGGAAAAACAGAUAGGUCGACGAAUGAUCGGAACGAUACGCGAGAUUUGGAAGAAAACAAAAAAAAAAAAAGAAAAGAAAAAAUUAUGAAAGUAAAAAUAAGAAAUGACGAUCGAAAAAUGGAAUGAAAAAUUGAUCGUUGAAAAUCCAGAAGAAGGUUGAUAAAUAAAUAGGCGAUGAUAGGUUGAUUUGCCAGAGUUUGGGAAGCUACGAGUCGUACGAGUACGUAAACAAGCGCGAAUACACUGACACAUGCAUCGAUAUGUACGGAUGUACGCGAAUGCUUAAGUGGAAGAGUUUAAAGCUUUCAAGUGGAGAAGUAUAUACGUAAAUAGGUGGAAAGGGAGGGAUGGAGAUGGGAAACGGAGAAAGAGGAAAAAGAAAAGGGAGCAACGUACACAGGCUUUCAGGGUUAAAGAGGGAGAAAAGAACGGCUGCAUCGCGACUGGCUGGAAAGGCAGCGUGUUUACACGGUUAGUGGGGGUAGGUGGUACCCGCGUCUCAGCUGAGCGUAGUAGUAUAGAGGUAGAAGACUGACGCGAGGGCGAGUUAGUUGCGAAUGAGCGCUCGUCGGGCGAGCGUCGUUACGACGUCGUUUCGGUCGAUAAUGUCAUCUCGUGAUCGACGAGCAGCCACUGGAUAUUGAAAAUCUUAUAUACGCACGAAUAUUAUACGCAUAAACGAGCAAUCGAGGACGUGUGGGGACAGUUUUUAAAAGGGAAACAAGAGAAGACGAGAGAAAAAGAAAAAAAAAAAAGACUGCUCGAGUGAAAUAUCGAAUACAUAGACAUAGUCGUAUGAGAAAGGAAAGAUUUCUUCAAGAUAUUCUUAACAUCGAAUCGUUGCUUCCUCUUUACGGGUCGAAUUUGCAAUUUUUUUCGAGUGCAGUGUAUCGUCGCGAUCACAAAUUAAAAGUGAAGUGAUAAGAAGAAAUUUGUUGUAAUUCUCGGCCCGCAAAAUGGUGCCGCAACAACAAGAUAGUCCCUCUAGUUCCGGGAUUCCUAUGUUUGGAUCAUUGCUUGUGGAUAAAAAUUCGGCGACACCGUAUUCGGAUGCCACGCAAACGAAAAAGAACAAUCCUAAUCACAUAAAGAGGCCGAUGAACGCGUUUAUGGUUUGGUCACAGAUCGAACGUAGAAAAAUAUGCGAGAUUCAGCCGGAUAUGCAUAACGCGGAGAUCAGUAAACGGCUCGGAAGACGUUGGAAAACGUUGGACGAAGCGGAAAGAAGACCGUUCAUCGAAGAAGCGGAACGGCUGAGGCAAUUGCACAUGGUGGAAUAUCCGGAUUACAAAUAUAGACCGAGGAAAAAAACUUCGAAAUCGGCAACGUGUAUAGGGCAGAAAGCGAAAGAAGGGGGGGGAGGUAAGAAGCUGAGGAAAUCGGGUUUGUCAUCGCUGGGCGGAGGAGGAGGAGGAGGUGGUUCGAUGUCGAGUAAGAAUCACGCGCGGAAUCACGAUAGCAACAACAACAACAACAACAACAAUUCCGAAACGAGCGGCGCAGGGAACACCGUGGGCGGAGGAAUAGCGGUGAAAAGGUUGCAAGCUCACUCGGUCGGUAGCAAACCUGUAUCGCGUUUAAAGGUUAGAUUGGCGUUGGAUAAGAGACCUCCUCUCGAUUACACGCCUAGUCCACCGAUCGUCACCGCGAAAAUACCGAGCAGUCCAUCUUGCGUUACACCGGAUUCGCCGGAAUCCGCGAGCUUUUACGAGGAUAAUUUGUUGGAAUGUGGCGGCGGGUCGACCGUCGGCAGGCUAAUGGGCAACGACAGCACGGAUCGCCGCGCCACGAUCAGAGCUGCGUCUACCAAAAUGAAGCGGGAGCCCAGUUUCGAGAUGGAUUACGAAAGCACGUUCGAGCCGAAGGAUCGAUUGCUAUCCUCGGUCGGUCCCGUUACCUUCGCCGCUUCCGUCGAAGACAUGGAUCUACUUUCGGACAAAAGUUUACGCGUGCGAACACCCCGUCACAACAAUCACCAUCACCAUCAUCAUCACCAUCAUCAUCAUCAUAAUAAUCAUAAUCAUAAUCAAAAUGAAAAUCAUAGCGGUGAGGACGAUCAUCGCCACCGCCACGACCACAACCACCAUCACCACCAUCACCACAACCACAACAACCACAACCAUCAUCUGGAAUGUCGAUCGAACUUUCUGAUGAAAGAAGAUUCGGCAACGUCGAACAUCGUGGGAGCGGCGACGAGCACCGGGACGACCACCACGACCACGAGCACGGGAAGGACGACGAUCGAGACGAUAGAUGGAAAGAUGAAGAUGGAAUUGAACGGCGAGGGGACGGAAAUUGAAAUGGAAGCGGAUUUGUCGACGACCGUGACGACGAAUACGGAUAGGAACAGGAGCGACGCGGCGGGAACGGGGCAACGAGGGCGGACAUCAUCGACGAAACAUUCGAACGCCGUCGUUAUCGGUUCGGCUGGCACGAACGACGAUACCAACACUGCUGCGACCAUCAUCGAUGCUCCUAACAAUAUAAUCGGGGAUACGACCAUUGCCGCAACGGUCGUCAAACUCGAGGAAUCGAGCAAUAAUCCGAGUUUGGCCGAUCUUUAUUCGUUGACGGAUCUGUUGCAGAUACAACCAUCCGAUUUCAAGAUCGAUCUAGAUAUGGAAACGAUAACCACGGACCUGGACACGUUCGAAACUGCUAGCUCGAGCAGCGGAUCGCACUUUGAGUUUUCCUGUACACCGGAUGUCACGGACAUGUUGUCCACCAUUGGCGUAGGUUCCGACUGGGUUACCUUUUGAAAACGUCCAAUUUCGAUCUACUCGGUGCGAAAUAUUCAAAUACCAUUUGCUAUUUCGCGUAUACUAUUCUAUAAAUCCGGAUCAUCGAUUUUCUUCGCAUCUUCUUCUUCUCUGUCCCAAAUUCUAUCCGUUAAGUCUAAACGACGAUUUUCACGACAAUCUUGAAAAUACGAAAAUACGCAACAUGACAGCAGGUCUUUUUGUACAUUUUUCGUGUAGUAUAUUAGAUAUAAGAUCUUUCUCUUUUUUUUAUAUAUAUAUAUAUAUUUUUUUUUUAUUUUAUUUUAACGGCAUUAUUAUACACAAAAGGUGGGAAGAGGUCAUCGAGAACUCGUCCUUUUUCGCAUCUUUGACGAAGGAGAGGAAAAAAAAAAAGGAAAGAAAACAGGGAAUUGGACGCACAUUAAUGAUCGCCGUCAUUUGGUAAUGAGAAACGAGAGCGUAGAAAGAAAAAAAACGAACGUUUUCUCGUUUGCUCUCUCCUCCCUUCCAACGUGAGAAUCCUCCUCGAUACCGCGUCAAACGUUUGAUCUCAUAUUUUUUUUUCUUUUUAUCUUUAGCAACAAUGGUACUAGUUUUUUUUAUUUUUUUUUUUUUUAACUUAAUCAUCAAUCCACGCGAUUAAUUUUAUCGAUCACGAUUCUUCUCUCGAUGCUAGCUUUUCUUUUCUUUUUUUUUUUUUUUUUUAUAUAUAUUUUCAUCGAUUUUCUAACCUUUCCGAUUUACCGGAAAACUUCACGACACUGUUCACUGCCGGAUUCGAUCGUACACACAGAUACUGUACUUUUUCUUAUCGAUAUUAUCCCGAUUUGCUCAGCAACGUUUUAAGUUGAAAACAAAAAAAAAAAGUAACCAACUGCCAAAAGAACAACGUUAACGACAGCUCGUUUCGUUCUCUUAGAUUCUUCGAUCGAAGAUAUCAAUUUCCGUAAUAUCGACCACACGUUUUUUCUUGGUUCUAAGUUCGCGCGUAUUCGUCGAGAUAUCGCGAGACGUCAUGGCAAAAUACGAACACGGAUAUGUUUAUAAAUAUCGCUGAACGCGAUCGAGAAUAAGUUUUUUUUUUUUUCGUGCAGAUCCGUCGUUAUAGGAUAAAACGUACGUAAGAUAUCAAGGGCCAAAGUUAUAUUACCCAUUUCCUACUCUAGAUUCGCUGUAUUUUUAAUCCCGUUCACUCGCAUCGUGCCUUCUCUCCUCUCCUCUCCUCUCUCUUUCUCUCUCUCUCUUUUUCUCCGAUGAUUCGAUAGGCUGUGAAAAAUAUUUUUUUAUCUAAAGAUAUAUCCGAUGAUCGAUCAGUUUUCGAGAGUGUCCCCUAUAUGGGAAAUGGGUCGAGUGUCAACGAUAAUAAAAAGAGGAGAGAAAAAAGGGAAAAUAGUUGCAUAGUCGCUGCGUUGUCGACGGUUUGCUUUAAUUCGAUUAGAUUCGGUAUUCGUGUCGUGUCGUGUCAUUGCGUUGCGUGAAGAUAAGAUUCUUUUUGCAAAGUAUACGUAUAAAUAUAUAUAUAUACGUACGAAUGCGCGCAAGUGUGAAAUGCGCGAUGAAUUCGAUCGGAUCGAAUCGAUUUUUUUUUUUUUCUUUUCCAUCGAAGAGUAAUACGUUUUCCCGUAUAUCGUAAUGCCGACAAUGAGUAACAACGUACACUCGAACGACGAUGACCACGUUGAACGACUUUUUCACCGAAAAGAAAAAAAAAAGAAGAAAAAAAGGCGAGAGCGAAUCUUGUUACAUCGAUGAGGGGGAAAAAAAAAAGGAAGAAACGAAAAGGAAAUAGAAACGUGAAAAAGUAAUUCACCGUACGUGUUUGUAAUUUAUGCCAAUAGCUAUUGUAAAAAUAAACGAGAACACACCAAAGUGCAAUAUUAUGUAUGAUUGUUCUGCAGACGUGUAAAUGAUGGGAAAAGAAUGGAUUAAUUGGCGAUGCGGCGAGCAACGACGACACGAACGAUCCGGAAAGCAAUACCCGACCAAUUUUCUCCCUCUGACUAACCGCGUCUCUUUUUUUACUUUUUUUUUUUUUUUGAACGGUGAUCCAUCGAUGAUCGAUCGUCGUUGUUGCGAUCGCCGCCGAUUGUUACUUUCGUCGAGUAAAUAUCGCGUCGUGAAUGACGCGAAGCAAAUCUUCGAUAGAAAUUGCCAACGAAGAAACGUGGCCAUUAAUUAUUUUUGGACGAAAACAUAUACGUGUGUAGUGCGAUAUGUGUUGCAUGUGAAAAUUUAUACCGAUUCCUUUUUUCGAAUUGAGGAGAGAAAAAAAAAAAUAAAAAAAAAAAGGAAAGAGGUACGAUACAAUGCGGGUAAUGCCAACGUUGAUAAUAACUUUGAAAAAUUCAUGAAUGAUAAAUGAGUUUGCUCCAUUGUUUUCUCCCCCUCCCCUUCCCCUUCUUCAUUUGCGCGUAAUUACUCGGUAAAAUCGUUUUAUCGUUUCGUUGCUUUUUUUUUUAUAAUCUCUUUUGCGAUGUUUAUUUUAUUUCGAAUUAUAUUACUUGAUCGUACGAAACUCCCCCGUUUCUCUCUCUCUCCCUCUCCCCUCCCUCUCCUUUUCUUUUCUUUUAUAUCCAUAAUAAAUAAAUUUUCGAGUCGAUUUCCGAGUGCAAAGAACGAGGAACGCGUAUCUUUUACCAGAUACACGGCGAGAAAGGAAAUUCAACAGCGUUCCAGAAGCGUUUAGUAAAACGAGAAUCGUCAACUGGUCAAGUUUUAUAUCUCAUAGGCUUAAGUUUUUAUUAUACGAUACGAUAAUGGAAUUAGUAUAACGACUAACUUGUACAUUUGUAUCUAGCCCUUUGUUUAUAAUACUUAUCACCUUGUUAUUAAGUAUCCCAUUUAUAUAAUUUUUUUAUCGAACUUAUUAAAAAAAAUAUUUAAAAAACAAA